AUGCGCUUUCGCGCGCUGCGAUAUGGACGUCUAUCGCCUGCCAACACCACCUCUCGGGCCAUCGACGAGACUCGAGAAGCCACGCAGGAGGAAGUCGACACCAUGGUCGACACCAUCACAGAGAGCUUGGACGCCAUCUUCCAUGAAUCGUCCACGCAGCAUGUUGUCCUCCUGGACGAGUCCACCGCGACGGCUGCAGCCAGCUCCCCUGCCGCCGCCCCAGGCCCAACAAAGCCUACCUACACCGCGACCGUCAUCCAACACGGCUACCCGGCCCUGAUUCACGUCCCUUACCCAUACCCGCACUGUGGCAUGACUACCAUCUCGACGGUCCCGGCCGUUGACCUCAUCAUCGUGAAAGACCCCGCUCCAACCCGCCACGCCGCUCUCUUGGUCGUGCUGGAAGCGAUAGAACCGAUGCUGAAACAGGCUUUUGACCGCUGCUGGGCUGCGACGAUGCUAACGAGCGCACCCCAACACCAACAGCGCAAGCGUCAGCGGAUGCUGACUCCGCCUGCUCCCCGUGACGACCACCAUCGCAACAAGCGCCGCUGUACACGCUCGCAUCAAGAAGCGUCCGGUGUUGCUCAAGGUCCCGCUGUGCCUCCGCCGCCGCCGCCGCCGCCUUCGAUGAUGCCGUCUUCAAUGCCGGCUCCUUCUUUUGCCGGGCCGCACGGGCACUGGACAAUGUGUGAAUCGCCGGGUAGCCACCAUCCAGCGGGUAGCCAUCACCCAGCGGGUGGCCAUCACCCAGCAGGUGGCCAUCACCCAGCAGGUGGCCAUCACCCAGCGGGUGGCCAUCACCCAGCGGGUGGCCACCACCCAGCAGGUGGCCAUCACCCAGCAGGUGGCCAUCACCCAGCAGAGCAGAAGCACCCAACCAGGGCCGCCCACAAUCGCGAUCCCGACAACUCCGAUCCGGACGAUGCGGAAAGCAACUGCCGUCCCUCGUGCGCCGCCCGCCGCAAGCCGAGAAGAGAUGAAUUCGAAUCGAACGACGAGGAAUCUGAUGACUUUGCGAAGUCUACCAAGUUUAAGCCUGACGACAUCGGUUACUUCGAUCCUCAUCUCAAGCUUCGGGAUGACGAGGACGAGGAUCUGGUUGAUCGCAAAGGCAAGCUCUAA